CAUAAGAGUUCAAUUUUCUUCAAAAAUUUCAUCGCAAUCAAGUGGCUGAAGACAUGCUUGAACGAUCAAAUUCUAAUCUCACGUUUAUCCAACGCAUAAUUACUCUCCAGAUAUGGCCCCGUAUAACUUUUUCCUAUUUCCGGAGCUCGAAUUACUGCUUUGUGAGACCCGUUUUGACAGCAUUGAAGAAAUAAAAACUAAUUCUCUAUGUGAAAUGAAGGCAAUUCCUGAAUAUAGCUAUAAAAAGGGUUUCGAUGACUAGAUUGUUCGUUGAAAAUGGUGUAUUGCUUCAGAAGGGGCUAUUUUGAAGACGAUAAUAUAAAUUUAGAUGAUAAGUAAAGCAUUUUCUUCAAAAACACAAAUUCUCGGAACAUAUUUGACAGAAUGUAAAAUGUAUAGGCCGACUGGAAAAGCAUAACAUUCAUAAUUGUUCCGCGAAGAAACAACACUACUCUGGCAAACUGUAUUGUAUUGCCUCACUUCAUCCAAUCACAGUAGACUGGUCCAUAAUAGUGAGUGUCAACGUUAAUACAAAAGCCAACGAAAACUAUAAUUUAGUCAACGAUGGGAUUCGAUUAUUAUUCAAUUUUAGGAGUUCCCAUGAAUGCCUCGGAAACUGAAAUACGAUUGGCUUAUAGGAGAUGGUCUGUGCGUUGUCAUCCGAAAAACGACUUCCAUGAUCCGCCGAAAAUUCCGUUUCCUUCCAUGUCGACAGAGCAUUACUGGGAGUUACUCAAUGAAGCUUUCGACGUUUUAUCGGAUCCGUUGCGAAAACACAUUUACGAUGUACAUGGAGAAGAAGGGCUCAAAUCAGGUGUGGUGACUCCGACAGGAUUUGUACAACCAUAUGUUUUCUCGUACGACUGCAUGAAGAUCUAUAAAGAUUUUUUCGCUACCUACUCACCAUACGGUGACCUCAUCGACACAGUUACAAACCCACCCCUUAUCAGCCUGGAUGGUAGUAGAACUGUAAGGACUAAGCCACCCGAUAUAGAGCAUUACAUCGACCUCGAUCUGGAGGAGAUUUAUCACGGAACAACGAAGAAAGUGAAAAUUUUGCGGGAAGAAUUUUUAGAUGAAACACAGGUUGAAACAAAACAGGUAGAGGAAACCUUAGAUGUACAUAUCCCACAGAGCAUUCCAUGCGGAACGAAGAUAAGAUGCAAGGAGGCCGGUGAUCGCAACGCAAAAAUAAUUCCUCCGGAUAUCGUGUUCAUAGUACGAGAAAAGCCACAUCCGAGAUUCCACCGGAAGCAAAUGGAUUUACACAUGAAUGUUACAAUUUCGCUUGAACAGGCAAUUGUUGGAUUCCGUCUAGAGAUUGCCGGUAUCGAUGGAAGGCAAAUUGUGACAGAAAUUGUUGAUGUGGUUCAUCCAACAUAUGUGAAAACUAUCAAAGGUGAAGGUUUGAUUCUGGCUAAUGGUGGCAGAGGUUGUGUGCCACGUGGUGACCUACACGUUUCGUUUACGAUCCUGUUUCCAGAAUACAUUCCGAAGAAGUUAAGGGACGAGUUUCGGACCCUUUUUCACGAGCUACGUUUGAAUGAAUAAUGCUUGGUUCUUAUUGCUGAAUGAGUUUCACUCUCCAAAGGAACUUAUGUAUUGGAAUUUUAAUCUGAGUAUCGCAUUCAAGUGACUUAUUUCGGAACAAAAUUAUAAACCACGAUUUCGAAAUCACCUGCCCCUCCAAAUGUACCGUUUAGGAUGCUCUUAACUUUAUUCCAUUCCAAUCCAUCAAUGCCGCAACCGAUGCGUGGUAUUGCUAGCUUUUUGGCUCCGUUUUCUGACUGUAAUAAACAAAGAAAUAUGGAAAAUAAAUUUUAU